GGUACAGGAAGUACUAACUAUACCUUAAAGGAGGGCGGCAAACUAAGCCGAAUGGCUCCAAAGAUAGACUUAUAACAAAGCACUUCAAAAGCCAAAUCCCUGGCUUUAUCUUGUCCUAUUCUUCCACCGUGUUGAGGUUUUGAGUCCAUACAUUAUUGUCAAAGGGUAAAAAAGCGAGAGAAAAAAAAAAGGAAGAUAGAAGAAAUUAUUACAACCCUCCCUCAGGCUGAGAGAGAGAGAAAGAGGGAAGGAAAUAAAUAAUAUAACACAGGGGAAAAAAGAAAAGAAGAGAAAAAAGGGAAAUUAAAAUCCCCUCCACGAGGGAUCCGCUUUCUAUUAUAACCUUAUAUCUUGUUUUUUUCUUUCGUUCUCGUUUCUUUUUUCUUCUGUCUUCGGGGCGUGUUGUUCUUUCUCUAUAACCAUCAUACCUACUCUUUCAUCUAAUGAGUCCCUCGUCUUUCACCCCCUCCAAAGCACCACCUUCUCAAUUCCUAUCAGAGACGCCGUUCAUUCCUUCCUUCUUUUAAAUGUCUUUCGAUCGAGUUCUCCCCAAGCCCGCUGCUUUGCACUAUGACCCCCCUCAAGUUACUCUUCCCAGGCCGACCAGUAACCUCCUCGAGCACAAGAUCAUGAAUGACAACGUCUCCAAGGUGUCCAUGCUGGACCGCCAUAUGGAUGGAGUUCCGGUCGGGGGUUCAUGUCGAUAUGCGGCUGAUGGACUACCCCAAGUCCAUCUCUCUUCCCUAAAUCGGGCCAAGAUCGCUCUGAAUAAGAUAGCGUCUAAUGGUCCCAUCGAGCCGCCAAAGGCCGCGGCUCCCUUGCCAAUGAAGAACAUCCCGUUCCGAGAACGGUCUUCGGCAUCAGAGCGCUCUUCGUCCUCAAGUCCAGUGAAGUCAGCCGCUAGAGAGCCAGUGACCCAGUUUUGUCUGUGUCAACCGGACCCUAAAAUCCCAAGACCUCGCAAUGCUUUCAUCCUAUAUCGUCAGCACUAUCAAGCUUCAGUGGUCGCGCAGAACCCCGGCCUUGCCAACCCCGAUAUCUCCAAAAUUAUUGGAGAGCAAUGGAGGAGGCUUCCCCAGGAGACGAAGGAUGAAUGGAAGGCUCUAGCAGAGGAAGAGAAAGCUCGGCAUCAGCAGCAGUACCCAGAAUAUCGGUACCAGCCUCGGCGUUAUGGCAGGGACGGAAACUCACGAAGUACGAGUUCCGGGAUCAGCCAUAACCCUCCAGGCUCUACUGCUUGUAGUCGGUGUGGGGGGCGUGUGAUGAACCCACCUGUAUCACCAGAAGUCCCUUUCAAUCCGAAUGGUUCCAAUGGAAGUAGAGCCUCUUUACAGCGCGAGCCGAUCACAGAUCGCAGUUAUCCAUGCCGAGUAAAGGACUUGGACCACCCUUCGAACUCAAUCAAGAUCGGAAACAGUGGGGAGUCUCUUUCCUCGCGACAACGCCAAUGGGAGGAGAAUAGAUCCCCAGAUUCCAAGCGUCGCCGGAUCAGCACCCAGCUACCAAGCAAAACAAGUAUUCACCGGGACAGAAGCCCAGAGGCAUCAUAUCCGAUCUCACCAUAUACUGCCCGCCCAGAUGCUCCAAGCUCCCGUGGAUCUUUUCAGAUGUUGCAGCCUCCACGACCUUUCCGAAGUGUCAAGGAGUACCCACAACCUGACCCCAGUCUGAAGCUCCCACCGUUACAGACAACUACUUCCGUUUCCAGCUCUGCGACACCAGUGACUCCGUAUGUCCAGGAUGCCUCCAGCCUGGAGGCAACGGUGAUGACUAUCCCAUUCCUAAACAAGAUUAAGGUCCUAGCCAAGAUAUCACCGCCCCUCUUCCCCUCUUUUCGAGAUGGAGCGUCACGGAGACGAGGAGCUGUGGUAUCGGUGGAUGGGCAAGACCCUAUCGCUGUCAAGUCAGUGGUUGACUAUCUUAAUAAUGCGUUGGAGAAAGAAGGGAGAUAUCACACCCAUCUUUUCGAGGGGCCCGAGAUUCGUCCGCGGGAAUGUUACUCAGAAUCUGGGCAGAUGGGUGAUGCCACAGUUGAUUAUCUGAAUACCAUCUCAGCCUGGCAUCGCAUAUCGGAUGAGAUCGUGGGAUUCAUCAAGCCUCCAUAUGAAUCAUUAGAGCCAAAGUCUGUGGACGAAGACAGUUCCACACCAGGAGCGUCACCCAAAGCCCCCAUUCCUAAAGGUAUUGACACUCAUAUCAGCUCACCAGCACAGUCGAGUGAGGGUGGAUCUGUAUCGUAUUCGCCCUCUUCUGGAUCUGUAUCCCUUCCCGUACCUGUGGCUCUUGUUCCUAGGUAUCAGCUUACCACAGCAGACGCCUUCGCCUGCUCCGUGCCUAUCGGGGACUCUUAUGCACCAUUGGAUCAUUGGCAGUGGAUGGCAUCUCUAUGGCGUGCCUGUGUAGGUCCGGAUAUUACAGUCUAUGUUCGCGAGUGUGAGAAAGACGAGUUGGAGCGAUAUGGGGGAAACCCCGUUGAAGUUCGCCUGCUUGAUACGCGAACCAUAGUGGUGCGGAGAAUAGUCGGUUCUCCAAGAGAGCUAGAAGAGAAGGCUCUGAAGCGUGUGGGGUUUGAAAUUGAGGAUUACCUCACCCAAUAGCUGUAUGAGAUUCCCUGCCGUCUCAAAAAUAUUCUGUCUUUCUUCUGAUCACUUUUCUCUUAUCGCUCUUAUUUUCCUAUAUAUUCCUUUUUCUUGUUCCUUUGCAUGCGAAAGGGGACAUGACGGUGGUUUCAUCUAUUCUAUUCUAUCUUCCCUUUUCCUUUUUCUUCUUUCGAUGAAAUAUUUCUCGGGCAGCUGUGGAGUAUACUGGAGGCUCUAUGCUUUAAGUAGCCCUCGAUUCGGUUUGUCAAUUGGUCUGCAAGUAUGGGACGGCGUACAUAUAUGUUCGGGAUUCAUGUUUGGACAGAUUCCCCUUUGUGUGUUGAGUCACCAGCUGUUACUGGAGUGAACAUGUCUU